AUGUCUACCGUGCUCAAGGCUUCCACGUCUGCGCUUUUCCAGCCCAUUCGCAUCGGCGACAUCACUCUCGCCCAUCGCGUGGUGCUCGCCCCGAUGACGCGGUACCGCAACGACGACGCCCACGUCCCCACCGACCUGAUGGUCAAGAUGUACGAGCAGCGCGCCAGCGUCCCAGGCACGCUCCUCAUCACGGAGGCCACCAUCGUCCACGAGAAGGCGGGCGGGCAGCCGAACGCCCCAGCUAUCUACGGCGACGCACAGGUCGCAGCGUGGAAAAAGAUCGUCGACGCAGUCCACGCCAAGGGCUCUCACAUCUACCUGCAGCUUUGGUCUCUCGGGCGCACGGCGCGCCCAGACCUGUUCAACAAGGAGUUCCCCGACUACCCCUACGUUGCGCCUUCGCCGAUCGCGCUCAAAGAGCACGCCGAGCACGCUCCUCGCGCCUUGACUAUCAAGGAGUACGUCCAGUGGUAUGGCCAGGCCGCGAAGAACGCCGUCGAGGGCGCGGGUUUCGACGGCGUCGAGGUCCACGGCGCGAACGGGUACCUUGUCGACCAGUUCCUCCAGGACGUCUUGAACACCCGCACGGACGAGUACGGCGGCUCGAUCGAGAACCGUGCGCGCUUCGCUCUCGAGGUCAUGGACACCAUCGUUGGCGCCGUCGGUGAAAGCAAAGCGGCGAUCCGCCUGAGCCCGUGGAGCACGUACCAGGACAUGCGCAUGGAGGACCCAGUGCCGCAGUUCACGUACCUCGUCGACCAGUUCAAGCAGCGCUUCCCGAAGUUGGCGUACCUCCAUGUCGUCGCGCCCAGCGCGCUGGAAAACGUAGGGCCGAAGAACCCUUCGCAAGUGAACUUCAUUCGUGACCUCUGGGCGCCCCGCCAUAUGAUCUCCACCGGUGGGUACGACCGCGAGUCUGGGGUGAAGAUCGCGGAGGAGACGGGGCAGAUAAUCGACUACGGGAUGUCAUUCCUCGCGAACCCUGACCUGCCCUUCCGCCUGAAGAAGAACCUGGCGCUCAACGCACCGGACUACAGCAUGCUCUUCACGGCGAAGACCGCGGAAGGUUACACAACAUACCCGUUCUCGGAGGAAUUCUUGAAGACGCAGAUUGCAUGA